AUGCAAUAUGCAUCUACUAAUUUUCCUCCAGAUUCUAAUGUUACAAAAGAGCUAGAAAAUGAUUUUCUUACCACUCGCGCACACAUAGGUCUUAAUAGAGAAAUUGGUGCAAGGGGCUUUAGUGAGGGAGAUGAAGGAACUAGCAACAAGAACAAGAGUGCUGCUCUAUUCCCCCAAAGUGAUCUUCCCUCAAGGUCAAAGUCAUCUAAAACCACCAAAAUGGAUGAAGCCAUUGAAGCUUGGGCAAAGUCUCUUAAUGCCAAGACUGAAGUUUCAUUGGCAAGGCUUAAGCGUAAGAGUGAGAAGGAAGUAUCCUCUCCACAUAGAGAAUUGAGCUCCGUUGAGGAUUGUAUGGAACUAUUGGAGACCGUGGAGUGA